AAAAAAAAAAAAAAAAAAAGGUUACCUAGGUGAUAUGGUACAGGACGUUCCAGAAGGGACAGAGUGAACAAAAGCAUGGAGAUACUCUCACAAUUUAUUAAUAAAAUGAUCGUUCUGAGUACACUUGUAGAAUCAAAAAGAAAAAAAUAAAAAGGAAUAAAAUAGUUGGAGCAUCGCCAACAGGGCCGUACUUUCCAGGAAGGGCAGAUUUCCCUGAAGAUGGCUGAACUGUCGAACCGGAACACGAACACUGGGCCCUACGCAGCACGGAGGACUAACGAGAACAGCCACCGGGCACCCGCGCUGCGCGCCUUCCGCCGCCAGCUCGAAAGCCUACUUUGGUUCCAGCCUGUUUCCUCUUGCUCUUUCGAAUCCCUUCCCCCGCCGCCAUUUCCGGAUGGGAACCCUUUGUAAAUCUCUUCCAAGUUGAAGCGUAGGACCAAUUUCGUCAACACAAUCCGGAAUGGUCAACAUGGCGGCGGCCGUAAGAUGCCUUGGUAGAGUCUUGAUACAAAUUCAAAGGCAUAGUCUUUCCAAGAUGACUUCUCAGACAUCUCUUUAUCCUUGUUCUGUAUACGUUCUGGUGCCCAACAGACAUUUUGCUGCUGCUACGAAGCCUGCAAAGAAAACAAAAAAAGGUGCCAAAGAAAAAGCAUCGGAUGAGAAAAAAGAUGAGUUAGAAAAAAUAAAGUCGUAUCCCUUUAUGGAAGGCGAACCUGAAGAUGAUGUCUACCUAAAACGCUUAUAUCCAAGGCAGAUAUAUGAGGUGGAGAAAGCUAUUCAUUUACUUAAGAAAUUUCAAGUUCUGGACUUUACUAAUCCAAAGCAAGGUGUUUAUCUUGAUUUGACACUGGAUAUAACACUGGGGAAGAAGAAAAAAGUGGAGCCAUUUGCCAGUGUUCUUAGUUUGCCAUACCCAUUCGUUUCAGAAAUCAAUAAAGUUGCUGUAUUUACAGGGAAUGCAUCAGAGAUUAAAAUAGCAGAAGAAAAUGGAGCUGCGUUUGCAGGAGGAGUUAAUCUGAUUCAGAAGGUUUUGGAUGAUGAAAUUCAACCAGACUUUUAUGUAGCUGUUCCAGAAAUAAUGCCUGAGCUUAAUCCAUUAAGGAAGAAACUGAAAAAAAGAUUUCCUAAGUUUACUCGAAAUUCCAUUGGCCGGGAUAUCCCCAAAAUGCUUGAAUUAUUUAAAACUGGACAUGAAAUUAAGGUAGAUGAAGAAAGGGAGAACUUUCUGAAGACCAAAAUAGCAACACUGGAUAUGUCAAGUGACCAGAUAGCUGCCAAUCUGCAAGCAGUUAUCAAUGAAGUUUGUAGGCAAAGACCGCUGAAUUUGGGACCCUUUGUGGUACGUGCUUUCCUUCGAAGUUCAACAAGUGAAGGUUUGUUGCUAAAGAUCGAGCCAUUAUUACCUAAAGAAGUAGAAACCAAAGAAAGUGACAAAAAAGCUGCCUAAAUGUAUUGCAUUGUGAAAUUAUUUUCAGUGGAUCAAGAAACAGAGAAAAUUAUAAAACUGUUUAACUUCUAAGUUUGCUGUCUUGUUAUUUCUUGAUCAUACUUGAAAGUAAAUUUUAACACUGGAAAAUCUCAUAUUACUUGAAUUUCAAAAAUAAGAAAAUAAAAUUUGCUCUGUGUCUGAACCUA